AUGAGUUAUAGGACGUCCACUGCGCUACCAUCAUCUAAGAAGACUCAUUCAGAUAAACAUAAGCAAAUAUUGAAACAGUUACUCAAAGAAGGACCUAAUAAGACUUGUGCUGACUGUAAGACGUCGGCGCAUCCUAGAUGGGCGUCAUGGAGUUUAGGCUGUUUUAUUUGCAUUAGGUGCUCUGGGAUUCACAGAAGCAUGGGAACACAUAUUUCAAAAGUGAAAUCUGUCGACCUAGAUGCAUGGACUGAUGAGCAAGUUGAGCUGAUGGUAAGGUGGGGAAAUGAAAGAUGUAAUGCGUAUUGGGAGGCGAAAUUACCGGAUGGAUAUGUGCCAGAUCAAUCAAAGAUCGAAAACUUCAUUCGAACCAAAUACGAUUUAAAGAAGUGGGUCGCAUCUCCCAAUAUUCCUAAUCCUUUGUCCAUUAAAACACCCGUUAAGAAUGAGCAUAAGCACAAGAAAUCCCCUUCAAUCGGAUCCAAGCAGCCGGCCUCUGCCAACGACUCUCUAUUGGAUGACGACUUUGGAAUUUUUACUUCCCUAGGCGGUCAUCACUCAACACAAAAUUCUGCCCCAGCUAGUACUACAUCGAUUCCCAAUAAUUUAAACCAAACGAGUAGAACAGCAACCCCGGUCGCUUCAGCACACUCAACCGGUGGAACCAUUAAUAAUGGUCGUCCUGAUUUGAAAAAGUCGAUAUUAUCAUUAUAUUCAUCACCCUCGUCGUCAACAUCUGGUUUUAUUCAGCCUAGAAAUACAAAUACUCUGAGCCAGGGUAAUAAUCAGGUUAAUAACUUAUCCAAUUCAUUGAGUGGGCUAAAUUUCCAGACUCACAAAUCAGAAUCCACAUCUACCUUAAACUCAAGUAACAAGUUGAAUGCUCCACAGACGAUAUCGAAACCAUCGACGUAUUCUUCCACUACUCAAAACCAGACUCCUUGGAACAACGAAUGGACUGGUACAUAUAGUGGAUCGAACUCAUCAAACCAGUGGUCUUCUUCUAAUAAUAAUUCUAUUGUUGAGCCUUCUGCUGCUACAAUAAAGACAUCUAGUCUUGAUGAUGAUCUUUUUAAGAACGUUUGGCAAUAA